AUGGAGUAUCCAGGCUGGGCCGGAUUUUAUCAGCCAAAUGUGCCUUUUGCUCCCGUCAGUGUACCAUUAAUUUCAAGUAGAAGGAAUACAGCACCACCAAUGUCUAUGUCAAGUUGGCUGCUGAGUCAGGGAUUUCUGCUUUCACCACUACCUUCUAUUUUACCCAACAAUUAUAUGUUCCAGCCUGUUCAAAGCAAUGGAGAACAUUUUCGUCGUCGUCGGUCAUCUCGCAUUCGUGAAUUGAGCCCAAUCUGGCUACUACCUCAGCGAACUAGCCAGUCAUUCGUACCUGUCAACAACAAUUUACAAUCCGCUGGAAAAAUUGUACGUUUCCAUACCAAUCAAUAUGAAAAUAGACGGCAAAUAAAUCUGUUGCUGGUUAGUGUUGUGAAUGCAGACCCAACUGGUGGCAGCAAGAUUGUCACUCGACGUCGUCAGGAUGGCCAUCUCGACGUCCGCAUCAUAUAUUCCCGCGAAUUUAUUGUUGCGGCAUCGGCUAGUCCAUACGCAUUGUUGCCACCGGCCAAUUUUCGACAAAUGGUUUUGGAAAUGAUGGAUAUUAUUGCUAAAUUUCCAAAAAGCUAUUAUAAUUCCAUUCGUACGGAUAAUGCCUCAGGCAGUUCUGAUUAA